AUGCGCAUGCAGGCUGAGUCCUCGCCACCACCCUUACUCCCUUUCCAGGGUACUGUCUGUGAUCCUCCCCACUCACCCACAUUUCCACAAUUGAAACACCUGGCUUCUACUCUUCUUCUAUCUUCCUCGACCUAUCAUUGCUUUCUGCUACCUCCCAACUGCGCAAUCACUGUCUCCUGCACACGUAUGUGCGGGUCAUUUUUCCACGAUCUUCGCCGUACUGCUGUUGUCGUCGUCGUUCAUGUUGUUGAAGGAGAAGCGCAAGAAGGGGUUUUUACUCAGGAUAUGUUCCAUCACCUCAUGCCUUUGUCAUCUUACAAUUGGUUUGGAUUCCAAUUCUUGUGGGAAUGCGAUCAUCGUGUCCCGGCCAGCGCCCUCUCUGGCGGACGUGUUGACGCACCCCCUUACAUUCCGUGUAGUGGAAAACACGUUAACACGCUCAUCGUUCCCCAUACGCAGCGUGGAUUCACGACUUCUAGUUAUCUCCGUGAGUCAACCCCAAUUUCCACUGGGUUGACAAGGUUGUUUGUUGAGGUGGAGGAAGCAGGUGUAUUUAUAAGGGAGUGCUGCGUGAGUACGUUUUCCACACUAUGUGCUUGUGAUGGCCUCGCAUGUGAGUGGACCACGCUCACUUCAGACGGAUGUGUCCGUGCUGAGCCUCGUCAUUCACAUGCUUCCUCCUCGAACUCAGCAGUUUGGGUCAGGUUGACCAGCCAGCUGGCCGGUGUGGUGGAUCCUGGCGCUGGCACGAGUCUGAUCGAUCCACACAUUCACGUCCCCAUUCACUCCUCCGCAUAUUCGUAG